AUGACAAGUUUUAAUAAUUUAUUUAAUUCACAAGAUGACGAUGAAGAUAGAGCUAAAAACAGUAAUCCAUUAUCAUCAUCAUCGAUGAUACCAAGAAAUCGAAAACUAAGUGACCCAUCAGCAUAUAAUAAUAGUAAUAGUAAUAAUGACAGUAGUAGUAUAAAUAUAGAACAGGACGAUAUAUUAGAUAAUCAUCAAAGCCCGAAUAAUAGUAGAAAUGAUAUACAGCACCUUUAUUUUGAAUCUUCUUCAAACUCAAUGUCAUUAAACGAAAGUAAUGAAAAAGAUAUAGACGAGAAUAAUAAUAAUAAUAAUAAUACAGCGACAACUAAUAUUAAAGAUAAUUUAUUAAAUAAUUUUAUAAAUAAUAAUAAAUCACAGUUUGGUAACAGUAGUGAUAAUUCAUUUACCAAUACAAAUAUUAAUAAAAAGAAAACAAGAAUAUCAAAUCGUAAUUUAAUGUUUUGGGUAUCAUUAAUUUUAACAAUAACGCAAGUUUUAGGUAUAUUUAUGUUUUCUCAAGGUUUUUUCCCAAGAAAAACUUCAUUGCAAGGUUAUAAUUCAUUUGAUAACUAUGAAAAUUCAUGUACCGACGGUAAUAUUCAAGUUGAACCACAGUUUGGUAAAAUGGUAUUCAUGGUAGUAGAUGCAUUUAGAAGUAGCUUCUUAUUUGGUGAAGAUCAAUUGGGAAUGAAUUUCACACGUUCAUUAAUUGAUAGUGGUAGAGCUCAUGCUUAUAUUGCUAGAGCUGAUGCUCCUACUGUAACAUUACCAAGAGUUAAAGCACUGGUUAGUGGCGGCAUUCCUAGUUUUGUAGAUUUUAUAAACAAUUUCAAUAGUAAAACUUUGACUGAUGAUAAUCUACUACAUCAAUUAAAAAAUUCAAAUAGAUCAAUGCUAUUCUUUGGUGAUGACACAUGGUUAAAAUUAUUCCCUGACCAUUUUAAAAGAUUUGAUGGUACAACAAGUUUUUAUGUUGCCGAUACAGUCGAAGUUGAUAAUAAUGUUACUAGACACCUAAACGAACUAGAUAAUAAUGAUUGGGAUACAAUGUUUUUACACUAUUUAGGAUUGGAUCAUAUUGGUCAUUUAGAAGGUCCACAUAGCGAUUUAAUGAAACCUAAACAAGAGGAAAUGGAUGGAAUUAUUAAAACUAUACAUACCAAAAUUUUAGAAAGAGAUAGAUUAGAAAUGGAAAGUUAUAAGAGUAAAAAAUUAAAUAGCAGCGAUGAUAAUAGUAAUAACAAAAAUAAUAAUAGCGAAUCAAAACCACCUUUACCAACUUUAUUUGUUUUUUGUAGUGAUCAUGGUAUGAACGAAAUUGGCAACCAUGGUGGAUCUUCAGAAGGUGAAACCUCAUCAGUUUUAGUAUUUAUGAGCUCACUAUACUAUAACCAAAAUGAUUUAAUUGUAGAUCAUAACAAUAACCAUCAUUCAAAUUUAGAAAAAACAAUAAAUAAAAUUCAAGAAAAUAACACAAACAAUAAAGAUGAAAGUAAAACAAAUAACACUAAUAAUAAUGCCAAUAAUAAUACUAAUGAUAAUACCAAAAAUAAGAAUAGUAAUAAUAGCAAUAUAAAUGAUAAUGAUGAAGAGUUUAUCAGUCACGAAUCAGUUAAUCAAGGUAGAAGUGAUGUGCAUUACUAUGAUCAAGAUUUAAUACCAAAGUUUCCCAAAGGCGAGCCACCAAAAAAAGUAGACCAAGUAGAUUUAGUCCCAACCUUAUCAUUAUUAUUAAAUCUACCUAUCCCAAAGAAUAGUUUGGGUAGUUUAAUUCCAGAGUUAUUUGAACAAUACUUACCAAAUGAACAGUACUUAAGAGCUUUGGAAAUUAACUGUCAACAACAAAUUGAAAUUAUUAAGCAUAAUUCAAUAUUUUGGAAAGAUGGUGCACCAACAAAUCAAAAUGUAGCAAAUCUAAUUAAAUUAUUUUCAGAUGCUCAACAAUAUCAUAGCAGCUUUACCAUUUCACCAUCUCAUACAAAUUUUAACCAAAACGCCGCCGAUCUAUAUCUAGAAUUCCUUUCAAAAGUUCAAGAUCAAUUUAAAUCACUUUUAACCACAUUUGAUGUAAAUCUCUUAGUCAUAGGUGUCUUAUUAAUUGGGUCAUCAGCUUUGGUAACAUUAUUAAUUGCAGUUUCUUCAAUUUCGUUAGGUGAUAGUAAUAGUAGUGGUUUUUCACUCAAAGGUAUUAAAUUUGUAAUUGGGUUUGUUUUAUUAAUAAUAAUAAUAUUCAUAGUUCAUUUUUUUACAGUUUGUAAUAAUAUAAAUAAUAUCAAUAAUAAUACACACAACAAUGAUUAUCGACAACAAGAUAAUAAUAAUUAUGAACAGAACCAAGCCCAACAAAAUUCAACACAACAAAAAGAAAUUGAUAAUAUAUUUUGUAAAAAUGAGUUCCGUUAUAGCAUUUUUAGUUUUAUUUUUACAGUUUUAUGUUUAUUAGUCGGAUUUAAUGCAUUCACAUCAAAAAGUGUUAACAAGCUAUGGAGCCUACCAUCAUCAAUCCAACAAAGAAAAGAAAAAUAUCUUAUUAUAGCCGGUACCAUCUUACAUUUAAUUAGUUUAUUUGGUAGUUCUUUGGUAGAGGAAGAGCAUCUUACUUGGUAUUUCUUUACAACUACUGUGAUAAUUUUGCAACUUAUACCACAUACUCUUAGUUUCUUUGUGUAUUUAACAAGCUGGAUAUCCCAACGUACCAAUACAAGUAAACAAAACUCUUCAAGUCUUCGUCAAUUGGCUAUAUUACUAACUGUUUUAGUGUGCCUCAGAAUUUUUAGAAUCUGGAACCAAACAGGUAUUAAAUGGAUGGAUGAUAAUUCGUUAAACGAGUACACAUAUAUUGAUUUUGGCAGAUUUUUAAACUCUCAAACCACCUUUGGUACCGUUACAAUGUGGAUAUUAUCAGUCAUUAGUAUUAUUGCCCCAUGCUACUAUUCUUUUGGCCUUUUAGAUGACCUCAGAGACCAGCGUAGUGGUAUUUCACCCAUUUUAUCCAACACUUACAAGUUUACAAUAGUCGUAAUGUCUGCAUUCUUAUUUUGCUACAAGUGGGAAUAUAUUUCUAAAGAUCUUAUCAACCCUGCCUAUAUCGCCAGAAUUGUUUAUUUGGGUUUCUUUACUUUAAGUGCCAUUACCUUUGGUUUCCCAUUCUUCACAAAAAAAGAUAGACUCCAACAGCAACAGCAAAAUCUCGCCUCAGGUUGGUUUAUUACAACUCUCAAAUUUCUACCAACUCUUGUUGUAAUUAAUUUCUCGAUGCUCUUUUUACUCUUACAUAAAGUUCAUAAUAUGUUUUUAAUAACUUUAAUGGGUACAAUUGCCCAUUUUUAUAUUGAACACCUUUUAGAGGAUACCGGAAAAAGAUCUAAAAGUGGUAUGGUUGGAGUCUGCGUUGGUAUACUGUGUCUAAAUUGGCUUGGUAAAUUUGGCUAUUUCGCAUUUGGCAACUCAAACUCAUUGGCUAGUAUUGAUAUCUCUGGUAGCUAUACAGCCCUAAUCGACUACAAUCAAUAUUUGGUUGGAAUUCAAACACUAUUGAUCGGCUACACAUCUCAGCUAUUUUUCUUCUUUGUUACAAUUGUAUAUACAACUCAUUUAGCUAUCAAAUCCAUUAGCAGUAAUAAUCAUCAAGAACCUUCACUUUUAUCAACACCAGGCUCAGCAAAUGAUAUUAUCGAUGAGUUUCAAUGGUAUAGCGUUGUGGGUGGUCUAUUAGAUUGCGGUAUUAGAUGGACCAAUGUAUUUAUGUUUAGUAUUGUCAUCCUAAUUCAACGUUAUCAUCUAUUUAUCUGGACUGUUUUCUCGCCCAAAUAUAUCUACGAAGUAUUAGAUGUCAUUUUGGUUUUGCUCAAGAUAUUUUUAAUGGCCGCAUAUAUAAUUUAUUUUAAAUUUUUAUUAUAUAUUAAAGAAAAAGCUGGUGAAAAUGUUUUAUUACUUUCAUCAUCUCAAAAUAUCAAUAAGGAAGAAUAA